AUGAAUUCAAACCAAUCGAGUGGUUCACAACACAAUACUUAUAAGCCAACCGGAGUUAUGCGAUCUUCAUUACCUGAUAUGUCUCAAUAUGUGGCUCAAUAUAAAAAAGGAUACCCUAAUUAUGGUUCUACGAAUUAUCUUUAUAAUGGUUGGUACGGUGAUGAGGAGAGAUUACCAUUAUUUGCUAAACCACCAAAAUUUGAAACGCCUCAAAGUCAAUCAUUUUGUACAGCAUCCUCCUCAUUAACAGCAUUCAUCUUGUUUCUUAUGGUGUUCUCUUAUGUAAUAUAUUUUACAUCUACACUCCCAUUAACGGAUGUUAGCAUUAUUGAUAUAUCAGAUGUCCUUGCUGCCGACAAGGAACUUAUGUUUAACAUUCAUGUGAUGGGUCGUAAUUUUGGUCUCUGGAAUGUUGAGAUCGUGCAUUCAGACCUUAAUGUUUUUGCCACGCCUGUUAAUAAUAAUAAUGCGCCUGGUUGGAUUCCCGGUGGUCCAGGAAGUCACUGGGAUGAUGUCAAAAAUCAAACUUUAAAUGAUGUUACGCCUAGUGAAUUUUUAGGAAGUAUACUUUUAUUCGAUGAACCACUCGUAUUUGCUGCGGGUGUUAAUCGAAAGGGUGUGGUAAGUGAACCAUCGGGACAAGUUAGGUUGCGAAAUCCCGGUGGCGAACAUGACAAAGAAGGUCAAGGCAGAUGGUCACAUAUUUUAAGGGGUCAAUAUGAUUUAACCGUGCGUGGAGUUCUUAAAUAUAGUUUACCAUUCUCUAAACAUCAUGUUGUUCGAGUUUGUUAUGCAAUAAGGGUAGAUGGCGGUAGUGGUUCAAAUGGUGAAGCUCAAGUUGGUGAUGACGAUGACACGCUUUUAUCAAGUAAUACCAAUGUCAUAUUAGGUGCUUGUGGUGAUUGGGAAGAAGAAUCAGAAAAAAUGUUAAUAAGUGAUGAAUCAUUGUAA